GUUCAGUUUCGUCCAGACCGUCGCUUGGGUCCGUUGCCGCCAUUUCCUUGAUUGGCACCAGACAGACUGUGCACGCGCCGAUGUUAAAUUAAAGUUGAUUACAUAUAUUUUUAUAAUAAUUACCAUUAAUACAUAACUAGGCGUAUAGAUUUGUUUUUUUAUCUCAAACAGUGCACCGUCGUUGGAUUGAGUUGUUUUUUUUUUGUUUUUAAAAGAAUACAAUUUUCGUUUAUUGUCGCGAUUGUUAAAUUUUAAUGUGAAUACGUAGCGACAGCCGAAACAUGGUACACAAGCGUACCAAAAGCUUACAGAUAGCUUUUCUGUGUUUGUGUUGUGUGCAAUUUUUGGGAGUUGUGGUGGCGACAGACGAAGACAGUGCUAACACCGGUGCGGAGUUUCUUCACAAUGUCAUAAGCAAUUUGCACAGACCGCAUCUCGGUCAGUACAAGUCACCGGUCAAUUCUGCGGUGGCUGAUGACCGGAUCGACGUCGAAGAGUACAUACCCGGAGACGUGCCUUACAAUCCGAGGGCCGAAGAAUUGAAAAUAUUAUCGAAGAGACCGCAAAACCUCAACGAUUACUUACCACAGAGUCCCGACCAAUCAGCUAAUGAUCAGCAACAAGCGGUGUCUCCCUCUUUUUUGCAUUCAGCUCUUUCCCAAAAUGAAUUGUCCGAUUUGCAGAACUCUGCCACCUCUCAAGAUGGUACCCAACAAACCAGCAACUCAUUUCCGGCCAAUUUAAUUCAGUCGCUUACAGCCGAUGGCGUUAAACCCGACGGCAUGAUUCCGGGUUAUUACUACUAUUUCGUGCCGUUGAACAAGAACCACCAAAACUCGUUGAACUCGUUAAACCAAAACGAGCAGCUACAGCCGAUGGCGUCGAACAACAUCAACGCGAAUCCGUUGGACUUGCAGCAGUUGCAGGCGUUGGCGUCCAUGCAGGACAGCCAACAGCAACAGCAGCAUCAUCAUCUGGCCAAGAGCCCGGUAGAACCGCUGUUCGUGGCCAUGGCGGGGUUCGUCGGCGUGGCCGUCGUGUUCCUCAGCGCCAUGAUGUUCAUACCGCGCAUUGGACCGCUGCUGCAUACCAAAGCGGCGCUAAAACGGGCGCCUGAAGAGAUAGCCACGAUCACCAAACUGGUGGCCGAAUCCAUCGACGGCAAGGAUUGCAGCGAGCGCAUUGCUUGCGAGGUAGGCCGGGCCAUGCGGUCCAUGGACGUGGGACAGAAGCCAAUCAGGCUGAUGGAAAUAAUGUUGCCGCCGUCGGUCGCAAAACAACUGGCACAGGUGAGGAGGUCUGCGUUGAAAAAAGAAGAGUGUCAUUUCAUCACUUGUAAGAGGACUGAUGGUAUCAUCAAACUGGUAGCGAAACUAAAAAAUACUAAUCACAGUAGUAAUAAACUAUUGAAGAUCACUUGAAACCCAAGAAAUCUGACGUUCGUUUAAUGAAGUGAAUGAAUGCUAUAAUACUAUUAAUAGAGGUGCUUAAAAAAAAUGUAAUAAUUUUAUUCUUUUCGUGGCAUGUCAAAUUAUUAUUAUAAUUAUUUGAGUAUACUAAGUAUACUAAGUGCAGACCAGACAAAUGCAAACGUGAUACAGUGAAACUACCUAUUCAGUAUUGACGCAUUUUUAGUUGUUUAUAACAAAAAAGGUCAAAAUAUAUUAUAAAAUAUUUACAAUUUUAGCAUUGUGUAUCGAGUACAAACAUAUUAUUGUAAUAUUGUGUUAGCACGUAAGCUUAAUUUUAGUAAUUUAUUAUUUUAAAUUAAGAUAUUAUAUUUAUUAUUAUAUAACGUGUAAAUAACUAAACGCACAAUUAUUGCCAUGUAUUUCUUAUUGUAUAACUCAAUGAUGGAUUAUAUAUAAAAACUUAUAUAAAA